CCGACCUACACAGGAGUUUUGAGAGUCCUGUGGCGAGCGCACGGGGUCAGGCCAUGAACUUGGGAGAUGGCUUAAAGCUUGAAACUGAAUUAUUGGAUGGAAAAACCAAGCUAAUAUUGUCUCCGUCUGAAUGUAAAUCAAAAAUUUCUGUGAAGAUGGGCAAUAAGACAAAGAUUGCAAAAUGUCCCUUAAGAACUAAACAGAAUGGACACAUUUUAAAACCAACACAAAAAACUUGUAUCAGGAGUGAAAAGCUUUUGCAAAAGAAGAUUGUUGGGUCAGAAACAUCAUUGGCAAAAGGUGAAAAAAAUAGUAUGACACUUUCACCCACGAAGGAUUUAUGUAAGCAGUACACAGAUAAAGACUGUCUUCAUAUCCAGAAAGAGAUUGUACCUGCAGCUCCUAAUAUACAGAAGACUAGAUAUACCAAAAAUAUAAUAGUAGUAGGUAAGCAGAAACCUUGUAGAAAACACUUCACAGACAAAAAUUUGGAAAGCAGUUUGGUAUGUCUAACACAAGACCAACUACAACAGAUUUUGAUGACUGUAAAUCAAGGAAACAAAUCAACUUCCUUCACUGAGAAUGAAAAGGAGGAAACAAGUCAGUGUAACCUACACUUAAACAACAUUGCUAAUCAACCAAAGGAUGAAAACAUUGUGGAACUACAAGAAAAAACUGAGGCUAUCUCAUUUGUCCAGGAUAACACUAAAUCUGUUUUAAAUCGAAAUCAAGAGAUAAAGCAGUAUGAGCAGAAAACUGCCACAGAGAAUGUAUGGAAACCAGCUGACAUAUUUAGUACUCUUGGGGAAAGAGAACGUGAUAGAAGUUUGUUAGAAGCAAAAAAGGCUCAGUGGAAGAAAGAACUUGAUGAACAGGUUGCUUUAAAGAAGAAAGAAAAAGUUUCUGAAAAAUGGGAUCAUCUUUGGAAGAAGUCUGAAAAUGAUAAGAUAGCAUGGGAAAAAUGUCAGAUUUUUGAUCAAUCUAAGGCUCCUUCUCAGGCAACAGUGCUCCAGACUGAUGAGCACUCAUUUCCAAGAGCUAGUCAGACUUUAGAGGAAGCAGUACUGCUGGAGCACCCUUUCAGUACUACAAAACAAGAACAGCAGAGAAAAUGGAUUGAAGAGUUGAACAAGCAAAUAGAAGAUGACCAGCAAAGAAAACGAGAAGAGAAAAUUUCAUCAUCAAAGGGUGAGGAGCAUGAAAGAUGGGCAAUACAUUUUGACUCAUUAAAGAGCUACCCUGGUUCGCAGUCUCAACUGUCCUCUAGAUUAACACACAAACAACCAGAAUACUUUUGCAUUUCUCCAGACACUCAAGAAUUAACUGAUGUUUUCAGUGUUUAUACACCUACAACUGGCAGCCAGGUUGAACCUUCAGAGGAAGAGCAUGUAGCAAAACCUGCUAGGGAAAUGACUAUGCCAAACAGUCAUAAAACAAACUUUCUUCGUUCUAUGACUGCUCUCUUGGACCCAGCUCAGAUUGAGGAACGAGAUAGGAGGCGACAAAAACAAUUAGAACAUCAGAAAGCCAUCACUGCUCAGGUAGAGGAGAAACGCAGGAAGAAGCAACUGGAAGAACAACAAAGAAAGAAGGAAGAACAAGAAGAGGAACAUCGCUUAGCACGGGAGAGAGAAGAAAUGCAGAAACAGUAUGAAGAAGACAUGCUGAGGCAAAAACAGAAAGAAGAAAUUAUGGCUUUCAAAACAAAUGAGCUCUUCCAGACAAUGCAGAGAGCACAGGAGUUGGCACUGAGGCUGAAACAAGAGCAGAAAAUCCGAGAAUUAUCUCAAAAGGGACAUGACACAUCUAGACUGAUCAAAAAUCUUGGUGUUGAUACAGUACAAUGGGAACAACAUAAGCCUUUCAUGAACAUUUCAAAUUCAAGACAGGCCUUGGAUGAACCUACAGUUAUAGUGAAUACAUGUAUCAAUUCCACAAUCUCUCCCAAGAAGGAUACUGGUGUGCAAACAGAUGACUUAAAUACAGGAAUAUCUGCUCACCAACCAGAAUCACACUGUGGAUCAGUAACAGAGAAUGAAAUUAUACAUUGUUCAUCUCCUGAGAUUUCAGCAGAAUUUAAUGAACAAUUAACUAAGAAAAACAAGCACGAGCUGGUGGUUCAAGAUAAAGCAGCUAGCCUUGAAAAAGAAAACAGCUGGUUUAAGGACCAAUAUAGUCACUUCACAAGAAUAGAGAAAAAAACGAAACAUACAAAGAAAUGUCCUAAACGGCCUGACUGGAAUAUAAAUAAACCGCCCAAAAGGUAUAUUCCAGCAUCAGAAAAGUACCCAAAGCAGCUUCAAAAGCAGAGAGAAGAAAAAAAAAUAAGGCGGCAAAUGGAACUGCUUCAUUUGUUAGAAAGGAAUAAUCCUGGCUACCUCUCUCAAAAUAGAGGCCUUUCACCAGAAGCUCACAAAGAAACUGAGUCAAAGUGGCAGCUAAUAAAAAAGGAAGAAGAAACUCUGAAAGUUAAUUCUUUCAGCAAGGAAAGGUCUCAAUCACCACCAAUGAAAAACAGUAAUUAUGGGAGUCUGACAUCAGGAAAUAGUCAUACAGAAUUAUCGCCAGGAACUUCGGAACCAUCCCACUUUAUUCCCUAUGUCCGAACUAAUGAGAUCUAUUACCUUGAUCCAGAUGCACCACUGUCUAGGUCUUCAUCUCAGGAUCCUCAGAAUCAGAAUCCACAUGACCAAGAACAACUGCUAUCUGACUCUGAACAUGUCAAGGAUCCGCUUCUUAAUCCUACCUUGGUGAAAAACAGAGAUCGGCAGCAAGCAAUCCUGAAGGGACUAUCAGAACUGAGACAGAUCCAGAACCUCCCUCACAUGUGCACAAUUUCAUCACUCCAGGCCACUUCUUCAUUCAGACAGAGACAGAUACUAGAGCACCAGAGCUGCUCUCAGUUCCAGAAAUGUGGUGCUAGAAUUCAAACCUGGGCCUAAUGCAUAGUAAGUCACACACCCCACCUGGUGAGCUGUGUCUCUAGCCGUAGCUUUUGACUCUUGACAACUAGAUCCAUCGACAUAAUCAUACUUUUUCCUUCAAAAAAAUCUCAAUUCAAUCAGAAUGUUUUAAAACUAUUUCAAAAUAGGUACCCUAAAUCUGCUUUUAAAUAGUUUUUUUAUAAAAAGGCCUCCAGGAGCAGUGGAUUCCUAGUGCAAGCACAAAGCCCCAGAAAUAACCCUGGAGGCAAAAAACCAAACAAACAAAAAAAGCCAAAAAACUAACCUGCAAUGAGAAAGGUUAAAGGUUACUAUUGAAGGCAGGGAGAUCAGUGACUGGGAGGAUACAGAAAAAACCUUGUGGGUAUUGAAAUGUUUUAUUUGAUUUGUUUGUGGUCACAUGAAUGAACGUCAUCAGCUUUUAUACUAAAGAGUAUAUGUACUUUUCCUAUAUUAUAUGAGGUUCUAAGGUUUUUAACUCAUCUUUUCCUUAGGAGACAUUUUCGGGAGGGGGGGGAGGUGUGCUUACAGGAAAGCAGAGCUCUGUUAACUAAAGGUUUUAAAAUUUUUCCAAAGUUGUCCAGGAGGUGGCACAGUGGAUAAAGCAUCAGACUCUCAAGCAUGAGGUCCUGAGUUCAAUCCCAUGCAGCACAUGUACCAGGGUGAUGCCUGGUUCUCUCUCUCCUCCUUUGUUACUCAUUAAUAAAUAAAUAAAAUCUUAAAAAAAAAUUCCAAAUAGGGGCUGGGCAGUGGCGCACCUGGU